AUGGAUGGACAGAACGGCAGCAGCAGCAUCUGCUCCCGGCCGCAGGGCGCCGUGACAGACCGCAGGAAGAAGCCCGAAAUCCCCGACAGGGUGACGCUGAAGAAGGAGAUCGGGCUGCUGAGCGCGUGCACCAUCAUCAUAGGGAACAUCAUCGGCUCGGGGAUCUUCAUCUCUCCUAAGGGAGUCCUGGAGCACUCGGGCUCGGUGGGUUUGGCGUUGGUGGUCUGGUUGUUGGGAGGCGGCAUCGCUGCACUGGGCUCAUUAUGCUACGCCGAACUGGGCGUCACCAUCCCCAAAUCGGGGGGCGACUACUCCUACGUGACGGAGAUAUUUGGCGGUCUGAUGGGGUUUCUGCUGCUGUGGAGCGCCGUCCUCAUCAUGUAUCCGACCACGCUGGCCGUCAUCGCUCUCACCUUCUCCAACUACGUCCUGCAGCCCGUCUUCCCCGACUGUGUUCCUCCGUACAUGGCGACAAGGAUGCUGUCAGCCACAUGUCUCUUGCUGCUGACCUGGGUGAACUGCUCCAGCGUCCGCAUGGCCACCAGGAUCCAGGACGUCUUCACCGUUGGGAAGCUGAUGGCUCUGGGUCUCAUCAUUGUGGUCGGCCUCGUCCAGAUCUGCAACGGGAACUACGAGGCACUGACUCCUCAGGUGGCCUUCGCCAUGGAGACGACGCCGUCGGUCGGUCAGAUCGCUCUGGCCUUCCUGCAGGCCUCCUUCGCCUUCAGCGGCUGGAACUUCCUGAACUACGUCACAGAGGAAGUGGUUGAACCCAGGCGGAAUCUACCUCGUGCCAUCUACAUCUCCAUCCCAUUGGUGACCUUUGUGUACACGCUCACCAACAUCGCCUACUUCUCCUCCAUGUCGCCCGAGGAGCUGCUGUCAUCCAAUGCUGUGGCUGUAACAUUUGGAGAGAAGCUUCUGGGAAUGUUCUCCGUCAUCAUGCCGAUCUCUGUGGCUCUGUCCACCUUCGGAGGAAUCAACGGAUACCUGUUCACCUCCUCCAGGUUGUGUUUCUCUGGAGCCAGAGAAGGUCACCUGCCCAGCCUGCUGGCUAUGAUCCACUUCAAGAACUGUACACCUAUUCCUGCCCUGCUGGUCUGCUGUGCUGCCACCAUUGUGAUUCUCUGCAUCGGAGAAACACACAACCUGAUCAACUAUGUCUCCUUCAUUAACUACCUGUCGUACGGCGUCACCAUCGCAGGCCUGCUGUACUACCGCUGGAAGAAACCCAACCUGUACCGACCCAUCAAGGUGAACCUGCUGGUUCCUGUGUGUUACCUGAUGUUCUGGGCGCUGCUGCUGGGCUUCAGUCUGUACUCGGAGCCGGUGGUUUGUGGUGUCGGCCUGGUCAUCAUGCUCACCGGCGUACCAGUGUACUUCCUGGGUGUUCACUGGAAGGAAAAACCAAAGUGUAUCUACGACUUCAUCGAGAGGGCGACGUACGUGGGCCAGAGGUUGUGUUUCGUGGUCUUUCCUCAGUUUGACCCCAUUGAGAUCGCCAGUUCGGAAGAAUGGACUGACCGAUCAUCAGGCAGGAGCAGUUUGUCUGCCAACUCUUAA